CAACAGAGAAGUGCUUGUGGAGGAAAAGGGUCCUGUAAAAGAUUUCCCCGUCGACCACGGCCGCCGCAGAAAGAGAUCCAAGGUUCUUGCAGCAGAGAGCGAGGAAGAGGUGCAGGUCCCUGAGCAAACCGGUGGUCGCGUCAGCAGCUCAGGCAGCAGCUCAGGCAGCAGCUCAGGCAGCAGCUCAGGCAGCAGCACAGGCAGGAGCUCAGGUAGCAGCCCAGACAGCAGCUCAGGCAGCGGCUCAGGCAGCGGCUCAGGCAGCGGCUCAGACAGUUCCUGUAGUCCCGGUGGCUCAACGACUGUAAAAAAAACAAACAUUGACUACCUUGUUGCCGUUAAGAAGGUACCUUCCAAGCCAAAUCAUACCAGAGUGGCUACCUCGAUGCUUGAAGAAGACACUGUGUCUCCUGAGCUCCAGUCUAAAAAGAAGGCUUCAAAGGCCAAAUGCGCUGAGGCUGUAGACGCCACAAGUAAUUCCAGCACAGCUGACACAGAGAUGAUUCGUGCUAAAUCUGGAUCUACUGAGACAGAUCCUGUGUCUGGCACAGAGGUGCAAUCUGCCGAUGAUGCACACAAGUCCUCGCUCCUGUCAAGGGCUAAAGAAGUGCUUGAAUCUUCAGCUGAGCCUCAAAAUGACCCCGCUGGCUGCCAGGAUUUGGUCGCCGCGUCUGAAAUCAUCGCUGCUGUUGCCGCUAUACCAAAUGUCACACCUGAGACCCUGUCAAUAGGCCGAGCAACGCUUGAACCAUACGGCGAAGAAUCAUUAAGCGCGCCUCAGGGUGGCACGCCCGGCCACCAGGAUUUGGUCGCCACGUCUGAAGUCACAGAGCAGGACGCUGCUGUUGCUGCUAUACCAAACGCCACACCUGAGACAGCCUCAACAAGCCGAGCAACGCUUGAACCAUGCGGCGAAAAAUCAUUGAGCGUGCCUCAGGGUGGCGCACCUGACCACCAGGAUUCUGAAAUCACAGAGGAUGACGCUGCUGUUGCUGCCAUACAAAAUCCUAUGACGACGACUGCACUGCAAUCCCUGUUGGACGGUGAAAUUCCAACAUCUUUCCAGGACUGCCACAACAUGGGCCUCUUUGCAGAGGUAAAUGCCUUUGAGCCACCACACCCUAUGUCUGAGGCAACCAACUUAGAGGACGCAUUUCCAAUUAUUCAAAUGUACACCUUUUCCCAGGAACAAGUGCCUGCAACAAACGAGUGCCAUUCUUUCCCUCAUCAACCCCAGCUUGAGGAUGCACUGCACACACCCCAGGUUCUACCUGUGGAAUCAUUGACACAGUGCUCCUCUCACAUUCGAGGCAAUGCGCCUCUCGCCCCACAGCUUCAAGCGUUUGAGGUGCCCUAUGCCCACGUAUCGCGUCAGCCAUCGGCUCCACAAAACCAACACUUUGAGCAAGGUGACGCGCAAAUGUACAACCCACCGCCGGUGACUGUGGAACAGCCCGCAUAUUCCACUGCAUGGAAGCACCAGGCACCUCUCGCUCAAGCCUAUCCAGGGCUUGAGGUGCAGCCCUCAACUCCACAAAACCAACACCCCGAGCACAACGAUGUUCAAACGGACAAUCCACUGCCGGUAACUGCGGAACAGCCUACACUCCAGCACGCCCCCUAUCUUCCCAACCAUCAGGAUGGAACGGGGAGUUUGCUGACUAUGGUGAAACGAUCAAUACUGUGUUCUGUCUGCAAGAUGAUUUUCAAUAGGGCUGUGAUCUGUCGCGAGUACUUGAUUCAGCUCAACAGACCCGUCCAAUGUGUGUGCGGCUGUGUAAUCUGCACGCUGUGUUAUCGCGAGCAAGGAGGUUGCCGUAUGCACAAUGUGUCAUCCAAACAAGGCCCCAUCUGCACCCUAGUUAACGCGAUAGCCAGUUGCCCCGAGCUAGAGGGUCUAGGAGACUGGGACGUAAAACUCAACCUUGAUGACCAUUUUAAGACGGAUGACCAAGUCAACAGGCACGUGCAGCAGAUCAUGGAGCAGGCUCACCCAGAUCUACACACUGCUUUCAAGCAUCUCAUCGACAGGAACGACAGCAUGUCCUUCAAGUACUGGGAAAGCGAAACUUUGCCAGAAGAGAUGGCCUACAGAUACGUAUGCAUCCCUCACAUAAAGGGCUUCUGGGAUCAUGUUCUGGUGGGAAGUCGUCCUCCGUCAAAGACCGAAACGAUGAUUGGUCCCGAUGAAAACUUACCAAAAUUAUUCAAUGUACGCCUGGGCUAUGUCAGGUUUCACUGGUGCUGCUUUGUAUUACAGGAGCAGGUCAUCUUGGCUAUGUGGUGCACUUUGGUGCCCGAGAGAGGGCUGCCUAAAGUGGUCCCACUCGUUGAUACCACACUAAAACCCAUUACCUCAAGCAAAGAGUUUAGAAACAUGGUUUUCUUUUUGGCAAGGUGGUUUACAGUCCAGUACGCAUCCCAGAAAGAGAGGCAGCUCAAAGUGGUUUUGGACUGUAAACCUUCUGAAGGUUCUACCUUGGUCCACAUCAUAGCUUUGCUGGCUUACAAAAGUGGGAUGGAGAAAGUGAACCCCCAAGUCGUCCAGCGGCGAGCGAGAAACAAUGUAAAUUACCAUUUUAACUCGAGUCACACCAACGAUAUGUUCAAAUGCCCUUACGUUCAGAACUCGGAAGGAUGUUACAUCAAUAUUGUCGAUGAAUUUAACAGUUUCAAUGACCAUCAGGAGGCUAACGGUCUCACACAAAUAUAUACUGAGCAAUUUUUUUGAAAUAUAUGGCGACACUGCAGUUACUCAAGACGGGUCAUGGGAACCGGUUUGAAAACAACGGGUGUAGUCUUCAAUAUCAUAAUGUAAAGAUAAGAUAGAUGUCCCAAACUAUGCACGUAUCAUUAAGUCAAUUUAUUAUUCUUUUUGUUGUUUAAACAUUCAUGUUAAGGAUAAAUAAAGUUUUCCUGGCACAGUG